AUGGUGAGAAACCUGGCUGCUUUGUGCCAGGGUCCCUGGCGUGUGCUCUGUGGGGGAUUGUGCCAGCCCUUGGGAACACGAGCACGGAGACAUCUGUCCGCCCCCGCUGACAGGCCGGGCAGGGGAGCCGAGCCCCGCUGCCGCCUGCGCGCCGUUCCCACCUGGUCUCGCUGUCGCACCGAAUGGGCCAGUUGCCCUCAUCUGUGUGGAUCAAACGAAGAAAAGCAGAAGCCCAGUGCCACAAGCGAUGUGGUCUGUUGCAGUGACCAGAAUGAUAAUCUGGAAAUGAAGCCCCAUUCGUAUUUGGAAGCUAUUUGCAGUGGACUGGAAGAUCCGGUAGCCGGAAGCUCCUGUGCUGAUGGAGAGCAGCUGUGUCCUUACGCUGCAGCGGGAGCGUGCCACUUCGGAGAUCGCUGCCUUUACCUGCACGGAGAUGUGUGUGAGAUAUGUGGGUUGCAAGUACUUCAUCCGUACGACCAAGAGCAGAGGAAGGCUCACGAGAUGAUGUGCAUGGCGACGUUUGAGCACGACAUGGAGAAGGCCUUCGCCUUUCAGGCAAGCCAGGACAAAGUGUGCAGCAUCUGCAUGGAAGUGGUGUACGAGAAACCAUCGGCCUCCGAGAGGAGGUUCGGCAUCCUUUCCAACUGCAACCACACGUACUGCUUGUCUUGCAUCCGGCAGUGGAGAUGUGCCAAGCAGUUUGAGAAUCCAAUCAUAAAGUCUUGCCCGGAGUGCCGUGUGAUAUCCGAGUUUGUCAUUCCCAGUGCAUACUGGGUAGAAGACCAGGAGAAGAAAAACGAGCUGAUUGAAGCAUUUAAGCAGGGAGUCGGGAAGAAACCCUGCAAGUACUUUGAACAAGGGAAAGGAACGUGCCCCUUUGGAGGGAAGUGUCUCUACCUUCAUGCUUAUCCAGACGGGACACGAGCUGAGCCUGAAAAACCACGGAAGCAGCUGAGCUCUGAGGGGACUGUGCGGUUCUUCAGUUCUGUGCGCCUGUGGGACUUUAUUGAAGACAGAGAAAGCAGGACUGUGACCAGCACAGACGACGACGUGACAGAACUCGGAGAACUUUUCAUGCACCUUUCUGGGGCCGACGAGGAUUCUGCUACGACUCAAUAACGAGAAGGACAGGUGCUGUGUUCCGUAGCAAUCGAGCUAUUUAUUUAGCCAUGCUUUUACUUUCUCCAGCACAGUUAGAAUGAAUGUGCCCUGUGGUUUACUUGUGCAGUCCUGGUAAAGUUUUCAGAUAGUUUUUGUACGGCAACAAAACUACUACACUAUAAUUAAGAAGUUAAAUUGAUUGCAUGGAAAAAAACAUCCCUUAAUCCCAAGAGGGUUUUUUCACUCUUUGGCCUAACAUAUGUUGUCUUGUGAGUUGAGUGGUGUUGUAAAUACAGCUCCUCUCUUACUAUUUAAAGCUUAAGCUGUUAAAAACUGUUGCUAAGUCUAUUUUGGGUGCUUUUUUCCCCCCCCCUCACUAAAUCAUCAAGUAAGCAUACCUCUACAAAGACCCACUGGGAA